AGGCGGCUCCUGCAGGGCGCUGGCUGCGACUGACGGGCACAGCGAGCCCAGGGCACCCCGCAAAGCUGAAUGUGAGGGACGCACCCCACUGCAUCCACCCCACGGCCGCUGAAUGAGGCUUCCAGGCGUCCGCUCGCGGCCCGCAGCGCCCCGCCGGGGGUCCGCCAGCUGAGGCGCGACCAGUGCGCCUGCAGCAAGUGCGCUCACCUGCCAGCCUACGCGCCAUGGGGCAACCCGGGAACAGCAGCGUCUUUUUGCCUGCGCCCAACGGAAGCCACGAGCCGCACCACAACGUCACGCAAGAACGGGACGAGGCGUGGGUGGUGGGCAUGGGCAUCGUCAUGUCGCUUAUCGUCCUGGCCAUUGUGUUUGGUAACGUGCUGGUCAUCACGGCCAUCGCCAAGUUUGAGCGUCUGCAGACGGUCACCAACUACUUUAUCACCUCGCUGGCCUGUGCGGACUUGGUCAUGGGCCUGGCGGUGGUGCCCUUUGGGGCCAGCCACAUCCUCAUGAAAAUGUGGAGUUUUGGCAAUUUCUGGUGCGAGUUUUGGACUUCCAUUGACGUGUUGUGCGUCACUGCCAGCAUCGAGACCCUGUGUGUGAUCGCAGUGGAUCGUUAUUUUGCCAUCACAUCACCCUUCAAGUACCAGAGCCUGCUGACCAAGAAUAAAGCCCGGGUGGUCAUUUUGAUGGUGUGGAUCGUGUCAGGCCUUACCUCCUUCUUGCCCAUCCAAAUGCACUGGUACCGGGCCACCCAUGCGGAAGCUAUCAACUGCUAUGCCGAAGAGACCUGCUGUGACUUCUUCACGAACCAAGCCUAUGCCAUUGCCUCCUCUGUUGUGUCCUUCUACUUGCCCCUGGUGGUCAUGGUCUUUGUCUACUCCAGGGUCUUCCAAGUAGCCAAAAGGCAGCUCCAGAAGAUUGACAAAUGUGAGGGCCGCUUCCAUGCUCAAAACCUCAGCCAGGUGGAGCAGGAUGGGCGGAGUGGGCAUGGACAUCGCAGGUCGUCCAAGUUCUGCUUGAAGGAACACAAAGCCCUCAAGACUUUAGGCAUCAUCAUGGGCACGUUCACCCUCUGCUGGCUGCCCUUCUUCAUUGUCAACAUUGUGCAUGUGAUCCAGGACAACCUCAUCUCCAAGCAAGUUUACACCCUCCUUAACUGGGUGGGCUAUGCCAAUUCUGCUUUCAAUCCCCUUAUCUACUGCAGGAGCCCAGAUUUUAGGAUUGCCUUCCAGGAACUUCUGUGCCUGCGUAGGUCUUCUCUGAAGGCCUAUGGGAACGGCUGCUCCAACAACGGCCACACCAAAAGUGACUGCACAGGGGAGCAGAGUGAAUAUCACCUGGGGCAGGAGAAAGAAAGUGAACUGCUGUGUGAGGACCCUCCAGGCACUCAAGGCUUUGUGAACUGUCAAGGUACUGUGCAUAACGAUAGCAUUGAUUCCCAAGGGAGGAAUUGUAGUACAAAUGACUCACUGCUGUAAGCAGUAUUUCUACUUUUUAAGACUUCUCCCUCCCCAAGGAACACUAAACAGACUUGUUAACUUGAGUGUAAUAAAUUUAGAAUAAAAUUGUAUAGAGAUGUGCAGGAGGAAGGAAAUCCUUCUGCCCCUUUUUUUUAUUUUUUUAAGCUGUAAAAAAAAGAGAAAGCGUAUUUGAGUGAUUAUUUGUUUCUUGUACAGUUCAGUUCCUCUUUGCAUGGAACUUUUAAGUUUAUGUCUGAAGGGCUUUUGUCCCAGAGGACCUGGGUCUGCUGUUUUGAUGACUCCUCCGUGUAUCUACCUCACUGGUCAAGUGUUAGGGGUAGCGUUUUGCUGCUGGUAAUUUACGUCUGAAGGAGAUGUUCCUUCCUGCACCCUUGGACUUGAGGAUCUUGUGUAUCUCGGACCUUUCAGCUGUGAACAUGGACUCUCCCUGCUCCUCUUAUUUGCUCAAACAGGGUGUUGUAGGCAGCGAUUUGAGGGGCAGCUUCAGUUGUUUUCCUGAGCAAAGUCUAAAGUUUACAGUAAAUAAAUUGUUUGACCAUGACUUCAUUGCACCUGUUUCUCCAAAACCCCUUGAUUGGAGUGUUGUUGCCUCCCCCACUGGAAACCACAGAAUCCACUAGGACGUCUUCUCCAUUUAGGGAAGCUGGGAGAUUCUUGACUCUUUAUGACCUGCCAGGAAUUUCAAGACACUCCAGGUAGAAAUUUCCCAUUGUCUUGAUUCAAAAAGAGUUGGGAAUUUUUCUGUCAGUAUUUGUAAGUUCCAUGCACAUUAAAUGUUAUUAAUAAACAAUGACAAUAUUGUAUAAAUACUCUUAGUUACGAGAGGCCUUCAUUUUUUACAGAGGAGCAUCUAGUAUAAUUUCAGUUAAAAAAUUCAACUAUAAAUAUUAGUUCAGAAUCCCAGCUAAAAGGGGAUUUUAGCCAUAUUCUGGUCCCUUUAAAAAUACUUUCAAUGUAAGAACUUCGAUCAACUCUAAAGGUCUCGUCCAGCCAGGGCAUUGUAGGCAUACGUCAAUCCCUCGGUUUCUACCUUUUUUAGUUUUGCUAUGUUUCUCUGGGGGACUAUUGUCUGUGUCCAUCUGUCCCUCUGUUUGCUGACUGGUUGGUUACAUAAGAUUAGUGUUGGAUUCGUCAUCACGAAGUUUUCUUUGCCUGGACAGCAAGUUCUCAGAGUCUGUCAAACAAGAACAUAUCCUGAGAUGCAAGCUGACAGGUGUGUGCAGUAGGUGGCACAGGGUGGGUCUCCUGGUGGUGGAGAGCAUUGUUGGUGAGGAGGGAUCUGGUGGAAAGGGAGCCUGGGAGUAGGGGCCGUCCUUGCACAACACGUAGGAUGUUUCUGGUGAUAAACCUACUGCCGGAUGGAACCUGGACCAGGUUCAGUCAGGGGAUAUUUUUGGAGCACCUACUGUGCACAGCAUAAGAAAGGUGUAGGCUUCAGUCUGUCUUUUGGAGCAUGACAUUAAUAAUAACAAACAGAUACCUUUUAUAAAAUGCUUAUAAAACGUUAGGGACUGUGCUAGGCACGUUUUAGGCAUUACAUCGUCUUGGCAACCUUAUGAUGCUGGUAGCAAAAGGAGCCCCAUUUAACAAAUGAGGAAACUGAGGUUCAGGAAGGUUAAGUUGCUGAACACAAGCUAGCUGCAGAGUCAGAACUGGAACCCAGGUCUGUGUGACACCAGUGCCCAUGGAGCCUAGCACAUACACAGACCAGGAAGCAGCAUGGGGCCACUGACAGUUUGUGCCAGGACAAGUGUAAGAUCUGGAAACACAAUACCUUGUUGAGAGAAGAGGGAGAUUGCUAUGGGUCGGGGCAGGCUGGAAUGUUCCUGCCAAAGCAUGUGACUGUAGGGUUGCCGGGGACUGGGACAGGAAACCAGGCACUGAAGUGCCUCCUUUGCUUCUCUGAGUCUCUGCUUUGUCUUUUUAUCAGAGAGUCAGGCUAACUUAAAAAAAGAGGAUAUGAAACUCUAAAACAAGCAGAGCAGGAACACAGGCGGCCUUACGCCCUGACAAACCCAUUCUGGGUUCCAAAGUUGGAAGGGUCUCCUAAAUUGAGCAGGUAACUGGACCUUAUGGGAAAUUUGGCCGCCCUUGGUGGUUCUGUGGGUGUGCUCUGUGUUUUGAGGCAGCCUUCUAGGGCAAGGGAGAUGAUUUUCUGACAGCAGAGAGCAAGGAGGGUUAACAUGCUUUGAAUGACACUUUUCCUUGACAAUAUAACCUCUACUAAAUUCAGCUCUGUGUUAAUCCCUACUUCACUGAUGGGGCAAAUAUAAUUUGGAGGUGGAAUUUUUUAAAUAACUAAGAGAAUAAACUUCCCAAGGACUUUCAAGAAAUUGAGAGAUACUGGUGUCUUAUGAAUAACAGAAGGCAGGCUAAGGUGAAAUGAACACUAGACUGGGGUUCAUGCGACUAGGGUUCAGAUCUCACCUUGGCCACUCUCUCUCUCUCUCUAUGAAGUUAGAUAAGGCAGUUUUCCUCUGUGGACCUCAGUUAGCUUAUCUGUAAAAUGAUGAGGCCAGUUCUGGUGGUCUCUAAGCUUUCCUUACCUCUGGAUCUGGCUAUGAAUUUGGAGGCUAAUUAGAGACAGCAGUUUGUAUUUCUGAUUUGAGUUGGUGACAUUUGUUGCACAUGUAAUGACUGAAUAUGGUGGGGGUGCUCAGCCUGCAGAAGAGGACGUUGGGAAGAAGGACUAUUUGGUGCAUGACUGUUGUUGUUAGGUGCCGUUGAGCCGAUUCCGACUCACAGCGACCCCAUGUGAUAGAGCAGAUUAGCCCCCAUGGGGUCUUCAUGGCUGUAAUCUUUUGGAAGCAGAUAACCAGAUCUUUCUCCUGGGUAGGUUUGAACUGCCAACCUGUCAGUUAGCAACUGAGUGUUUAACCGUUCGAACCACCAGGGCUCCUUGAUGCAUGAUAACUGCCUUCAAAUAUUUUGAGGACCACCAGGGAAAAGGAGCACAGGAAUUCUAUAUGAAUAUCGGAGGGCAAACUGACCCUUACAGGGAGGUUGAGUCCAGCUCAGGCAAGGGAAGACUUGUCUAAGAAUGGGAUUGGUUGUCUUUCAGAAUAGUAAGCCUCUUGUCAUUGGAAGCAUUCGACAGAAGCCAAAAUGAAGGUCUGCGAGGGCUGAAGCCCAGGAAUUUCCUGCAUGGAGGAGAAGGCUGGACUAAGCUCCUUCUAAAUCUGUGACUCUAUGUCCUUGCAAACAAUAGACUUGAAUGUUCUUAAAAGGUAUUCAGACCGUUGCCUGAUUCGGCUGGCCUUCCCCCCAAUUCCUCUGGAUUGCAGAGGUUUCGUUGCAUUCCCAAACUGGAAACCUCCCGGGGAAAUCAGGAUCUCAACAGACCAUGGCUGUGGAGGGAAAUCCAGAAAUAGAGCAAUAAGGUUAAGCAGUUUUCCAAACCAUUAGACCUUUUUAUCAGCUGCUCUUCCCAUGCCUUUUGCAAAUGACCUACUAACUCCCAGAGAGAGAAUAAUGACAGCUGCAAAGUCCUUCUCCACCCUCGGAUUCAUAGCACUUCCUGUGGUCUUUCCGUCACCCUCACAGGAUGGGAAGGAAGGGAGGCGGGUCCCUGGCCAGCACAGAGCACCUCAAAGCCCCCUGGCCCAAGAGCCUGGAGACCUGGGAUCUCUCUUAGCUCAGCCACCAAUGGGCUAGGUAACACUGAGCGGGUCACUUCCCUUCUCUGGACCUCCAUUUCAUCAUCUCUAAAAAAAAACCAUUUGGUUUGCAUGAGUCCUGUGUUUCCUUCUUUCUCCAAAAUUUUGUAAGAUUUCAGGAAGUCUUCAGUGCUACAUGUCUGGCUUCAUUACUUUUAUUUUAAAGCACAUUUUUUUUAUUAUUAUUAAAAAGAUUGUAGGUUCUCAUUAUAAAACAUUUAAAAUAUGUAAAAUGACAAAAAGAGAUAAAUCAUACAUAAUGUUACCAGCUGGAGAUGACUAUGGAUCGGCUUGAUUUAUAUGUUUCCAGCCUAUGCUCUAAGCAUGUCUAUGUCGAUUUGUAUAAAUCUAAUUUUAAAUAAAAAUACACUUGGAUUAAUCAUGUUAUUUAAGAUCUGCUGAUAAUACUUUUAGGCCCCUUGAAUACAUUUUAUGCAUCAUAUGAUCCAGAUAUUGUCAUUCCUUCUGGUUUAUUGGCCGAGCAAUACAGAGUGUUCAGUUGUCCUCAUAUUUGAGGGUGCAAAAGGAACAGCACCCCCAGAGUCUGAAUCAGGAAGUCUAAGCUGGGGCCCAGGAAUCUGCAUUUUAGCAAAUUCCAAAGUGUUUCCCACUCAGGUGGUCCGUGGCCCACAUUCUGAGAAAUACAGCUAUAGAGGUACACACACUGCAAGUUAAACAGAAUGGGCCCCUUUUGUUAGUGGAUGGAAAAAAAAAACAAAACGCUUCCUUUACCUGUUUUUCUGAAUGCAUGCUUCUGCACCUGGGCUUUUCCGCUUUCAGAGCAUUGGAAACUAACCACUGAACACUCAAGACAGGGUUCUUUCUACAUUAUUAAAUGCUUCUGACCCAGCCUGUUGAUUUGUAUUAAAAUAAGUAGAUUCAAGCCAUGUAAUGGCCAAUACCUGCUAUUUGAAAAGCACAACAGUAGAUUUCUAUUCUGACAGAGCACUUCUUGUGAUAAUAGAAAGCUAAUAGCACCGAGGUACAUGCUAUGAGCCAGGCCCUGGACUGGGCCAUUUACGUGCACAAUCUCAUUUAUUACUCACAGCAACCCUACGAGAUAGGUCUAUUUGUCCCUGUUUUAUAACUAAGGAAAUGGAGGCUCAAAGGGGUCAACUAAGUUGCCCAAGGACACCCAACUCGUUGGAAUAGAACCCAGAAGUCUGAACCAGAGCCCAUGUGCUUCACCACUAGGAUAGGCUACUCAUCUUUCCCCUGUUUGCGACCAGGUAAGAGAGAAGGAGGGAGAAGGUUAUGAGAGGAAUUUUUUGGUGCAUACAUUUCAUUUAAUUCUCCAAGGAGUGUGUUCGGAGCAGCCCGAUUCAUUUCUGACCCUUAGAAGUAGGGGCAAGCCCAUGCUACCUAGGUAGCUUGUGACUAAGUAUAAACUAGAAAGCCAGGCUGUACUUAGUCUUUCGUCAUGUUGCAGGCACGGUUUGAGUGAGCUGGCCCUGCUCAAGGAAGGCAGAGGGAGGUGCCCAGUAAGAGUACAUUGGUUUACACUGAGUCAAAUCAGCACUUUGGGGCAGGAAGUCCUUUUUUAUUCUGACCGGGUCUGUAUCAGACCAGAGGUUUCACAUCUCAGAAUACCAGGGCAGGACGGGUGCUGAAACAACCCAUAGCUGUCUUAUAGCACUGACCGGGAAACCAGGUUCAAAGAGGCUGGGGUUACCAAGCAAAGUAGUCCUGAGCCCGAGAGAUUACAAUCUCCCCUGGCCCGUUUUAUUAUUGUGUUUUCCUGUACUAUUGGGGGAAGGCUGGGGUUUCUGACUGUGUUAAUUUAUCUAGGAAAGGAAAACCAUUUUUAAAAUCACAGUAGCAACGCCCAUGACAAAGCAAAAGUGGAGUCCAUCAGAGCCCUGCUUUCUUUUCAGCCACGCCAUGUUGGUUUGGCAGCCUAAGGCAUUGUGCCCACAAGCCACAACUGCCUUUGUCUGGGGAUUGUCCUUCGUUAUCCCAGUUCUGUCUCAUUCUAAUGCCUAUUUUCUCUUUUUAUGAAAACCCAGUAGGUGUUUCUAAAUAUUGCAAAUACAAUCCUGAGACUCCUGUGGGUGGGUUUUAUUUAUAUGUUUACUUAUUUUAUCGGGUGUACAACAUUCUCAUGAUAUAUUACGGGACAAGCAUGCUUGUUUUGUUCUCAAACCUGCAGCCUUUUCUUUUUUUUUCUUGUUUCAUUCUCCUGCUACAUUUCUCUGUAAUCCAUGCUCACCUAGCACUCUCAGCCCAAACAAGCAAAGGGUCAACCUCAAGGACACAAGGUUGCCAGCCUUCGAAAUCUCUUGUUAUGGGCUAGUGGAAAGCUUAUUGGCAUCCAUUUAGGUCUGAGUUUCUUGUAACAAUUUUAUUUUAUUGCAGUAUGUCCCAAAGUUUACAGAGGACACACAUGAUUUGGGCAUCUUCUGAGAAAAAUGAACACACCUGACCCCCAUUCCCAAAGCUCUGAUCUAACAGGUCUGUGUUUGGGGCCCAGAAAUCUGCAUUUGCCACAACUUCCCCAGAGGACUGUGAAGCAGGUGGUCUGAGGAUCACAGUCUGGGGACCCAGAGAUCACACUGUCUUUCCUCCUCACCCUUCGCACUCGAGAGUUCAAAAUGCAGGCAUGUAAGAAUGACCCUGUACAGCUGCAUGCAUUCACAAAAACAACGAUGUUGUCAGAUAAAUGGAACCCUAAUUUACCUCGUUAUCAAAUCAAACCAUGUAAAUGAAAACAAUUUAUCAAUGAUAAACAUGACUACAAAAGAGGAAGGCGAUAGUAUAGUGCCUUAAGUAGUCAAUUAGGCAUUUAAUUAAAAAUGCGUUUUGCGACAACACGCACCUACACAGUUAUACUGCCCAAUAGCAUCACUGCUGCCUAAUCCCACACCCUCUGCAUACAGAUGGGGAGUUAGCAGCAUGGGAAGAAAAAGGGAUUUUGCUCUAGUGAUAGACUCCUAGUCCAGUGCUUCUUCUUCCAUACCACCCGGCCUUGGGUUAAGUCAAGUCAUGCUAAGGUCUGUAUGAAUCAAUUUGCCUAAUGUACAUAAACACUCCCACUUAGAAAUCUGAAUGGCAGACCCACCCAGCUGUAGAAAAUAAUAUGAUUCAUAUACAUAUACACACAUACACACCUCCAAAGAUGCACAUACCCAAGUAAAUACACACAGAGAGAGAGACUUUUGUAUUGAUGCCUAUACCCACACUGACACAAACACACACACGUGCAUUCUCACUAGAUAUGUAUACAGGUCUACAUUCUUUUGUGGAGCCCCUGGUAGCACAGUGGCUAAGAGCUUGGCUGCUAACCAAAAGGUGAGCAGUUCAAAUCCACCAGGUAUUCCUUGAAAACCCUAUGGGGCAGUUCUGCUCUGUCCUAUAGGGUCACUAUGAGUCAGAAUCAACUUGAUGGCAAUGGUUAUUAUUUUUAGGUUCUUUUUUUCCUUAGGUUCUCCCAUAUGACUGUAUGUAUACAUUAUUCAAGGCAUAUUCAGACCUAAAUUUCUAAGCACACUUUUAUGUGCUUCAAAUUAGCAAACAUACAUUGUCAUGUAAUCAUGGUCACACUGACAACUAGGAGCACACAGUUACAUAUGCUGAACCCUCUUUCUGUGUAAGAAUACACACAUUUGAUUAAUACACGCUUAGUGAGUUCUUUCUUAUUAUGUGCCAGGAACUGUUAGGGCUGAAGAUAAGGGGAGUGAACAAAAAAGAAUUUCUCUUUGCCCUUAUUGGGUUUGUCUGUAAUAGGGGAGACAAUUUCUUACAAAGGUAUGAAAAAUUGCCACUGUGGCAGAUGCUAUGAAGGAGAGAUAAAGUAUUGUGAGGAAAUCUGACUAAUUCUGAGAGGUUACCAACAGCUCCUCCAAGGCAGUAAGGCUUCAGCUGACAGCUGAUGGAUGACUAGAUAAUUUCUAGAAAAAGAGAAAAGGGAAGAACACGCCACUCAGAGAGAACAGCAGGUGCAAAUGCCCUGUGGCGAAAGGAAACCCAGUACCUGAGAAACACCGAGUGAAGUCCAGUGUGGCUGAUGUGCAGAGAAGGUGGGGGCAAGUAGUGGGGUGCAGGAUAAGCCUAGAAGAGGCAGGCAAGGGCCACAACAUGAAGGGCAUUUUCAGCCACAUUAAGGAUUUGGCCUUUAUCCUAAGAGCGUUUAGAAAGCAUCGAUGUGUUUGCAGCAGAGAUCACAAGUGUAUUUUGAAGGAAUCUUUCUGAACUUUACACCUGUUCAUGUAAGAGCAUUCUCACAUAGAUAAAUGCAAGCAUAUGAGUUCAUAUGUGCACUUGUGUGUGUCUUCUUAUAAGUGCAAAUUUACAUGUAAGUAUUCACUUACAAACUCUGCCUCUCGGCACACAUCCCUAUGUAUUUAUGUGAGAAAUAUAUAUAAAUCCACUGGGUGCUGGAAGGCUGGGAAAUACCCUACUCACUGGGUACCAUCCGGCUUCAGCUGGUCCUUGGGGCUGGGGACAAGGGAAGGGGUGUAUCAGACCCGAGCCUUCUGUCUUUGGAGCUUCCUCUGGGUUAUGCUGUUUGACCUCAUGCAUGUGCCUUCAGCCAGAGAGGCUCUGUUCCCCCUCCUGUUGGCUCAGGGGAUCCAGUGACGAGGUGGGGUUUCUUCCAGAACGCAAUCAUUGACGAUUCUUGGCCCAGGCAAGGAGGGCAAGAUGGGCAGGUCAGGUUGCAUAAAGAUUGCCUUGUGCCCUCCCAGAGUUGUAAGCAGAGCCUCUGCCCAGCUCCAAGCCUGAAGUAUGCUUUGCGUAGAGUCAGCAAUGCAGAGAAAUAAACACAGGUAAAUAUAGGGAAACCAGAAGACGGCAGAUCCUGAUGGGACUGCAGUGAGACUAGAAGUAGUUAUUGUGUCCCGUAAGCAACCGCUGCACGAAAUAUGACACUGGAGGAAGAAACAGAUGAAGCCCGGUAGGAAAACCCUUUCAAGGCACGCGGUCCAUCUGUGUUCCUCAUUGCUUUGGCACAGUAAGUACGUGUACAAACAUAUUUACACAUUAACAAAUUUUCCUGGACUGGGUGUAGCAUCUCACAGCAGAGGAAGUAUCAAGUAAUUUAUCAGCCACAACACCCUGCAUUAUUUUCCCUCCAGUGAAAGAGAAUUACACGUGUGCACAUUUUGUUUCUGUUACCAGCAAAGCCAGCAAGCACCUUGGCCAGAGCCAGUCAACAGGUUCCAGGGUAUUCGAUAGAAACAUUCAUGCAAAAUUACAGGCUUACCCGGAGCUUUCAGUCUUAUGGUCAUGAAGACGUUCCUAACUGAUUUUUCGUAUUCUAAAGACCCCGUUGUUGUUGUCGUUAGUUGCCACUGAGUCGCUUCUGGCUCUGGAUGACUCCACAGAAUAGAACUACUCCAUAGGGUUUUCUUGGCUGUGAUCUAUAUGGGAGCAGAUCUCUAGGCUUUUCUUCUUUGGUGCCACUGGGUGGAUUCAAACUACCAACAUUUAGGUCAGCAGCCAAGCACACAUCGUUUGUGCCACCCAGGGAUUGAGAUUUCAUGUUUUCAAAUGUGAGCUUGGAAAAUGUUUUCUCCAUAAUUAAAAGGGGUUAUAUGAUAUACCCAUUGUGUCGAGUCGAUUCUGACUCAUAGCGACCCUAUAGGACAGAGUAGAAUUGCUCCAUAGGGUUUCCAAGACUGUAAUCUUUACAGAAACAGUCUGCGACAUCUUUCUUUCUCCUGCAGAGUGGCUGGUGGGUUCAAACCACUGACCUUCUGGUUAGCAGCCAAGGAUUUAACCACUGAGCUACCAGGGCUCCUUGGUGGUGCAAUGGUUAAGUGCGCUUGGCUGGUAACCACAAGGUCAGUGGUUUGAACCCACCAGCCACUCCUCAGGAGAAAAGAUCUGACAAUCUGCUCCCAAUAAGGAUUUCAGCCUGGAAAACCCUAGGGGGCAGUUCUACUCUGUCCUGUGGGUCACUAUGAGUUGGAAUGGAUUCAACGGCACACAACAACAACGUAUGAUGUAAUUCCAAGUUCUUUUCUUUUGGCUUCAGGUUUUGUAGAAUACAUCUUUCUUUUCUCCCAAUGGUAGCUCUUCUAUGCUAUCCUGCAGUAAGCUACCAGAUCCUUCAAGCUGCUGAAGACCAAAACAUGUGCUCAAGGAGACCCUGUGUGUAAUAACAGUUUCUCAUACUGACCAGCAUUUGGCAGGUUACAAAGGGCUUUUAUAGCUGCCAUCUUAUUUAAUCUUCCCAACAACCCUGAGGUCAGCAUGAUUGUUCCCAUUUGACAGAUAAAAAGACUGAGGCUAAAUGACUUGCCCAUGGGCAGGGAGCUAACACAUGGUAGGUUCAGAACUUGAACUCAGCUUUUCAUACUUGGAAAACAACACAGGUUUUACUACGCCCUGCUACCCUUCUUGGAGCCCUGGUGUCAUAGUGGUUAAGCGUUUGGCUGCUAACCAAAAGGUUGGGAAUUGGAAUCUACCUGCAGCUCUUUGGAAACUCUAUGGGGAGGUUCUACUCUGUCCUACAGGGUCACUAUGAGUUUGGUUUUGGUUUGGCUACCCUCCUGGGACUUGGGGCUCAUCUCACUGUAUUUCUGUCUUUCUGCUGUGUUGCAUCUUCUAAAGUUAAGGUUAACACUCCCCAGGACUAAAAUCACAGCUGCCAUGCAGUUGGUAAGUGAUUGCCUGCCCCAGGGGCAGUCCUCAGGAUGCUUUAUAUGUUGACAAGCCCCAAACUUGGGUCAAAUGAUGUUGGCCAGGAUUGGGGGCGUGGGGAGGUCAAUGGGAGCUCUAUCAACUAUGACUUAGAGCACAGACACUAACCACUCCAGAGCUAUGGAAUCAUGUGUCCUUCUUCCCACACCUGACCUUCUGACAGCUUGGGUCUCCUCUGAGGCUGUUCUGUUCACUUUGCCUAAUUUCCUCCUGGAUCAGGAUAUUUCCACAUGAAAACCCGCUAUGAUUAGCCCUAACCGUGUACCCACUGGAGACAGCCCAGCCUACUUUUACGGGCCAAGUUCCACACCUCAGCAGGCUCCAGGAAGUACUUCAACUUCUUGAAAACAGCUUGUGUUUGGUCGAAAUGUUUUAUUUCAGUCAUCGCAAUUAGUGUUCUUGUUUUGCCCAUUCAUUUUCCAGCAGCCUCUCCUCUCCGAGUGUCAGUUUAUCAGGCUUACUUAGCUUUCCAAGCAAUGCUGUGAUUCAUUCGUUUGUUCAAAAAUUGAACACCUGUAUAUGCCAGCACCUGUGCUAACUACCAGGGAUACAGCAGUGACCAGGACAGACGUGGUCCCUGCCUUUCCGUUUCUUUCAUCCUAAUGGGAAAGACAAACAGUGAAAAGGGAAUUAUAAAUGAUAUUUGGAUCUAGUUCACUAAUACUCAAGGAAACUGAAAUAUACUUAUGAGUAGCAGUGAAGGUCAGUAUAUGGACUUCUGGAUUUUGCCAGUAGAUUCAGAAAGUGAUCUCGUAUCUGCCAAUCUCACACUGGCCUCUAAUCAUCCAUAUAAAAUGAUUGUUACCUUUCAAAACGUCUCAGGGAAAAGCAGUGUUGAAGGUGGCUUCGGAGGUGAUAAACUGCCUCAGUCUCGGUCUGCCCCUGCAAUAUUGUGUCCUGUUUUGAGGGCCACAUUUUUCAAGCGAAGGGGGGCACUUGGGGGCCCCACUUGUGUUACCAACCAAAACCAAACCAAACCUAUUGCCGUUGAGUUGAUUCCCUACUCAUAGUGACCCAACUGGACAGAGCAGAACUGCCCCAUAAGGUUUCCAAGAAGCGGCUGGUAGAUUCGAACUGCCAAUCUUUUGGUUAGCAGCUGCAAGCUUAACCGCUGUGCCACCAAGGAACAAAUAGAAAUAUAGGACAGCUGGUUAAAUUUGAGCUUCCAAUACACCAUGAAUAAUUUUUUAGUAAAAAUAUAUCCCAUGCAAUAUUUGGGACAUACUUAUAUGAAAAAAAAUAUUCACUGCUUAUCUCUGAAAUUCAAAUUUUACUGCGCAUCCUGUAUUUUAGUAUAGCAACCCUAGCAGAGAGUAAGAGCUAAGAUAAUGAGAAACCUCAGCACUAUGUCUCAAAAGGAAGAGUUUGAGGAGCCUGGCUUUUUAGUUUGCAGACAAUGAUGGUUAAGAAUUUAGAUUUGUGUAGGGAAGAAUUUUCCAAACUGUGUUUCUAAUAGUAUACAUGGAAAAGUGUAAAAGAUACUCUGGGAGGAAAAAAAAAAAGACGAUUUGAGGUCAAAAGUUUGGGAAGGUCAAAAUUUGGAAACCAUUGCAUAAGAUGUUUCCUUUUGGGAGCUUACACUCUGAAGUAGCAUAGGAAAAGUUCUGAGAAAUCCUGUGGAAAAUGAACCUGGUUGACCUGCUUUAACCUCGCAUGCCCACAUAACUCUCGUUUACUAUUUAUGGGAUUUGUCUGUUUGUUUUGGUAUGUUUGCUUUACACAGGACACCUAUUAACAUUAUGCAAACUUAGCAUUCUGCUCAGCACACUUUGGGGAACACAGGUAUAAAAAAUGAAAAUCACAUCUUCGGAUAUUCAAAGCACUGCUGUGUACAGAGGAAGUCUACCAAGCCAGUCUUUGUAAACCUAAGGGCAGAUCUGAGACCAAGGCAUGGACACAUUGGGGGGCAAUUUUGGUCCAGCCUGAAAAAUAGAAGUUUCCAACAAUUAGAAUAGUCUGAAAGGAGAUGUUAAAGCAGAAAUAGAAUGUCACCGGGGACACUGGAGGAAGUUCUUGCUCUGUGUAGGAAGUUCUCAGGGUCUGCCAUGUAAGGCCUGUUCACAAGAAACAUGGAAGCGGCCUCCACCCGCAAACUUUCUUUACAACCUUGUCUCAUGUUCUAUAUCCUUUCAGAAGUGUAAGUCCAUCUCUCCUGGGUCCACUCUUAAUAUAGUUCUCUUCACAUCUAUGGGCCAAUCACAUGUCUUUUAAAUUCCCCCAAGAGAUUAGUCCUCACAAGUCAAUGAUUUCUAGGCUUAUCUGGGUCUCUUCAUAGCCUACCCCCGCUACCUUUGGUCUUGCCUGUCAGUGACCACACCCUCAGCUUCUGGGAGGGGCUUAUGAAUCUCAGAUACCACCUACAGCCCGCAGAGAGGACUGGAUCCAGAGAGACUCGGGCCCCACACUCCCCUAGGACUGUAAGACCUCCCCACACAGAGCCAAUGUGAUAGUUCAUACCACCAUGUGUCUGAGGUGCAUGGCGUAACAGGAUCCAACACAGUUUUCAGCACAAACUGACAGCUGGGGACUAGUCCCUGAGUCUGUGAUCUGGAGAAAGUUGCUUAGAUUCUCUGAGUUUUAUUUCCCUCUGAUGAAAAAACGAGGAUGAUGAUGCCUGCACUAUAGGAUUGUGAAGAUUAAAAGUAUAAAAAGGGCCCAAAAGAGUGCCUGGUCCACAGUGCACAUUUAGUUAAUGUUUAUUUAAUGGAUAACUGUUUGUGAUUAUUACUGUUAUUGUAGCAAACUUCCAAAGAAGUUAAAAGACUUCUUUAGAAAUUCACUGAUCGUUGUGCCAAGAUUCCAAGCCUCCUACAAUGAAAUAGACUGGAAGUUGGAAAUUGUCUAGAUCUCUAAUAUCUUUCUUUUGGGAAUACCGUACUUGAAAAGAGAAACUAACACUCGAGUAUUAAAGAACACAGUUUUCCUUCCUGUAGUCUAGAUAGAGCACUGGACUUGAGGACAGGUUGCCUGGGUCCUUGGCUUAACUACCUCUGCAACCUUGUCCUUCCUGGACUCCAGUCCUCAUCUGUAAAAUAAAAGGGUUGGACUAAUGCUUCCAGCUUCAAUGAGUUGUGCCUUUGAAUUGGGGCAGCGAAUACAGAUAUUUAAUCGUUUGCACUAGACUACUAACCUAAAGUUUGGUGGUUCGAAUCCACCCAGUGGUUCCCUGAACAAAGGCCUUCCAUAAAGACUGUUGUGUACUGUCGAGUCGAUUUAGACUCAUAGAAACCCUAUCUAUAAAGAUCACAGCCAAGAAAACCCUGUGGAGCAGUUCUACUCUGUCACACAUGGGGUUGCCAUGAGUCAGAAUAGACUUUAUGGCAACAAGCUUGGUUUUUUAUUGGUUCAGGGUAUUUAAUGAAAGACUUUGUCAAACCUAAAACAAUGCAUAAUAUGCACACAAAUGUGAGUGUGUGUGUGUGUGUGUACACGCAUGGCAACACGAAGCACACACAAUGUGCUUUGAAGUCACUUUGCCCCCCAUUCUUGUGUCUAUCUGUAGGUUCAGCAAGAGUUAGAAUGAGUUGUAAAUUGAGUGCCAGCCUUGGAAUUGGGAAAGCCAGGUUCAAGUCUCAUUCCUUACUCUGCUGGCAAAGCAUGUGGUGUCUCCAGGGUGUGGCACUCACCUCCCUCCUGCCUCUGUCUUUCCAUCUUUCACACGAGGAGUUUGGUUCCAGGAUCUCAACAGAACCAAGCUCUGUGUCUCUUGGGAAAGUGUCUCUGAUCUAUUUUCGCCUGAAUAUGCACGCACUCCAUACAGAUUAUCAUCUGGCUGACUCAAGUUUUGUUUAUUUCUUUUGUUUUAUCUGCUCUGGUUUCAUAACACAAGCUCUAAAGCCAAUUUUAGACCUUCCUGGAUUUUGGGAGUGUCAAAAUUAAGGUAUUGGAGCAUUCGUCACGGUUUCUGCAGAGGAUACUUGCCUCUUCCCCUCCCCACUCUGCCCCACCCCCUGGCGCUCCUUUCCAUUCUGGCACAGGCAAAAAGCUCUCCCCGUCCCUAGAUGACACGCUGAGUGGAGUCUGCUUUUCACAUUAGCCGAGAGGAGGCCCUGGAGUCAGAAAUCCUUGGCACAUGAAUCACUUUGUCUCUUUGUGCCUCAUUUCCCCCAACUAUAAAUAGGCGGAGUCUUGUACUUUCUCGGCUCCCAGUGUCUGUGGGCCCCUCAUGGAGCUGGGAGGAGCCAUGGUAGCUCAGUCAUUAAAGCACUUGGUUGCUGACCAAAAGGUCAGCAGUUCAAACCCACCAGCCACUCCAUGGGAGAAAGGUAUGGCAGUCUGCUUCCAUAAAGAUUUACAGCCUUGGAAACCCUAUGGGGCAGUUCUACUCUGUCCUGUAGAGUUGCAAUGAGUUUGCAUCUACUCAAGGGCAAUGGAUUUGGUUUGGUUUGGUUUCAUGGAGCUGGUUUUGUGCAGACGGAGUAUUUCUUUCCUCGCUGGCAAAUCUCUGCUUCUAUAGGUGGGCUGUCUGGAAUAUCACGGCCCAGGAAUUCUCUGAUAAAACAAUCCAUCUCUCUGUCUUCUUUCUUCCAGUCUCAGCCCUCUCCAGAACCCCUUAAUUACUGUCAGAAGGAGUGUUCUAAAACUCAGAAGUCACCCUUUACUAAAAAAGCCUUCACUGACUCCCUAUUAUCUUCAAGAUAAAGUCCUCAGCAGGCGAGUUUGCAAGGCAGCAGAGUUCUAACUCACUCUGAGAGCCUAAAUAUGUGUUUGCAUACAGACAGCUACAAGAAUGUAUUCCACUUUCUAUCUUUUUAUUCACUCAUUUAUUCAGAUCUUUAGGGUGUAAGGCAGUGUACUGGGUACAAAGAGAGGAAUAAAACUUGGCCCCUGUAUUUAAGAAGCUUACAUGCUUUCAGAAGAGGUAAACAAGUGCACGAAAAUAAUAACUUAAAAAAAAAAAAGAACUAGAAGUGUCCUUAGAAAUCACUGACCUUACCCAAAUGCCUCAUUUUAUAGUUGUGGACUCUGAGGUCCCAGCAUUGUACAGACAACAAAUUAUAAAGAAAACAUGUCUCCUAACUGGUCUCCCUGAUUCUACCCUGCUCCUCUACCUGAGCCUCUCUCUGCCCUGUAGCCAGUUAUCUUCCCGAGAGACAUGCAACCUUGUCACUCCCUGAGGAAAACAUUUCUAUGCCCCCACCCACACCUCACUGCACUCAAAAUAGAAACAGACUUCUUCACAGGCCUGAAAUGCCCCCCUGCGGUCAGGUCUCUGCAACCUCAGCUCAGACCCCUGGGCUAGUAUCCCCCACUCACUGUGCUUUAGCUCUCCUGGCCCCUCUGCUCCAGGAGCUCAUAAGCUCUCAGCCUUGGUUCCCUCUGCCGUCAAUGCUCUUCCCCUAGAUCUUCAGGCUUCUUCGUGUCAGUCUGUAUCAACUGCAACAGCACCUCCUCAGGGCCAUCCUCCCUGACCACAGAUCUGACAGGGAGGCACAGCCCCGGUCACUCUUUCCCUUUGCCCUGCUUGGAUGCUUUCAUAGCACGAGCUGCCAUCUACAUCAUCUAGCUUGUUUACUCGUUUUUCUUGUUUAUUGUGGUGUCCACUCACUAGGGGGUAAGUUGCAUGGGAUUUGCUGCUAUGCCCAGUGCCUACUCUAUCCCACAGUUGGCUCCUGGUUGGUACAUGAGAAAUAUUUGCUGAAUGACUGAACAAAUAAAUUAAUACAGAAUUGGAGGAGAUUUGAAAAUGCAGGAUAAGCUAAAUUAAGGUAUUAGAGCAUUUGUAAAUAAAUUGAAGCAUGGAUAUAUUGUGUUUCCACAUGUGAUAAAAGCCUUUUAAAAUGCUGUUAAGAGCUGCGUAAUAUUUCAUAUGAACGUAUCAAAAUUAAUUUAAGCAUUCUUCUAUUAUUGGACUCUGAUAAUAUAUAUAUAUUUUUAAUUAAUCUUCCUUUGUCCAAACCAUUCUAAUAGGACUUGGCUUUUAAGAUAUUUGUGCUGUUUGUAUCUGUGAGUAGUAGCAUGGCUAAAUAAAAAUCACCCAUAGUUCCUCCUACCAGAGAGUACUACUGCUAACAUGUUAGAGUAUUUCUUUUAAAUAUUUACAUAUACAUAAUAUAAAACAAACAAACAAAAAAAACAAACAAAAAAACCCAUUGCAGUCGAGUCAAUUCCAACACAUGGCAACCCCACGUGUUUCAGAGUGGAAAUAUGCUCCAUAGGGUUUUUAAUGGCUGUAAUCUUACAAAGAACAAAUAAAUCUCUCUUGGAAGAAGUACAGCCAGAGUGCUUCUUAGAAGCAAAAAUGGCAAGACUUUGUCUCAUGUACUUUGGACAUGUCAUCAGGAGAGGCCCAUCCCUAGAGAAGGAUAUCACGCUUGGUAAAGUAGAGGGUCAUCCUCAAUGAGAUGGACUGACACAGUGGCUACAACAGUGGGCUCAAAAAUAGCAACAAUUGUGAGGAUUGCACAGGACUGGGCAGUGUUUUGUUCUGUUGUGCAUAGGGUCACUAUGAGUCGGAAUUGACUCGAUGGCACAUAACAACAGCCAUCUUACAAAAGUAGAUCUCCAGGCCUUUCUUCCGUGGUGCUGCUGGGCUAUUCGAAUUGCCAACUGUUAGUAGCCGAGAGCAAACCAUUUGCGCCACCCAGGGACCUAUAUGAUGUAUAGUAUACACUUAAUAAAAUUGAGGAUAUGCUGAAUUAUGGCUUGCAUCCUGCUCUUUGUUCAUUUAUCAUUAUAGUAUAUUUUCACAGGUGAUAAAAUCUUUUCAAAUGCUAUUUUAAGAGCUGCAUAAUAUUUCACAUGAAUGUAUCAAAAUUAAUUUUAGCAUUCUACUAUUCUUGAGCUCUGAUAAUAUUUUUUCUAAUUGACCUGUCCUCUGUCCAACCUCUUCUAACAGGGCUUGACUUUUAAAAUAUCCGUGCUGUUUAUAUCUGUGACUAGUUGGGUAAAAGGCAUGAUUUUCUUUCCAAGAAAUGUCAACAGACCCAUCCUUAAUUUUGUCUGUAGGUAGUGACUUAGUUGAUCAUCUAGUUUAUUAAGUUAAAAAUUUGUGGUUUGUAAAGAGCUGUGUUUUUAAAAAUUCCUGACUUCAAAAUAAACCAAUAAAAGUAUUCAUGAGCAAAUGGGGAAAAAGAGGCAGGUCUGUGUUUCCUGCUAAUGCAGACGCUUAACCCAGGGGUGUUUUCCUGUUGAAAUUCAUUAAUACUCAGGGACGGAAGAUUGAAGAGUUUCCAAAUGCUCAUCACCUCAUAAAAUCUUAGCAAGCUGAAAAGAAUAGUAGAGAUAACUAACUCCGGCACGUUAAGAGCAGGAAAUUGGAACAUAGUGAGGGGCACUGUCUCACUCAGGAUCGAAUAGCAAAUAACGGUGGCGCCAGCACACACACACAAAAAAAACACAGCUCUUCUCACCUCUGACCAGGGCAGUUUCCACGCAGAUCAAAUGAGAUCCUGUAGCAUGAUGACUUUCAGGCUAGUGGUGAACAAGUUAAAAGAGAUUUGAAUUAUGAUAUUUUAAAGAAAUCCAAUAAGGAAACUUUAUGGUUGAUUGCCCCAUUAUAAGCACACUUGGUUGGAGUCCCCCAGAUCCUGGCCUUCAAACAUUUUGAAGAGCCACCUUUAUCAGGAAAAAUUUGUAAGCAAACCCUUAAGAUGUGCGUAUUUAUUUUUCCCAAUAUGUGCAUGUAUCACUACAAAAAUAUACACUGUAAAUUAUAAAACAUACAUACAAAAAAAAUUUUACAAGAAUGAGAUAAAGAUGCGGGGCCAAGACAGCAAAGUAGUCAGACACUUCCAGCGAACCCUCUUACAACAAAGACCCGAAAAAACAAGUGAAACGAUUACAUAUCUGACAAGCUAGAAGCCCUGAACAUCAAAGGCAAAGUCAGAAAAUGGACUGAGUGGCAGGGGGAGGGAGAGACUGGUCAGAAACAGAGAGGAGUUACCUGGCCUGAAUUGUUGGAAUCCCUCAGGCACCUCUCCUGGGAGCAGUUGCAGCAGCUGGUAGUACUGUUUGGCCGCAGUUUCUUGAGGGAGAAACAGUCAGCUGCACAGUCUACUCACACCUCUGGAAACAGAGAAGAACCACACACUUGGCAAAAGCUUGAGUAUAUUUUACCACACUCCCAGCCCUGAAGCCAGCUUCAGUGGCUGUCAAUUUCCCUGGGCCAUGCCCUGAGCCACUGUCUCGGCCUUGGGAAGGAAUAAAUUCACAAUUGGGAAAAAGAUAAUCUGCCAGCUCCACUAACCUGGGGAGCUCUGGACGGACGUGGCUCCUGUAUAGACAUAAAUGGCCCAUGGACUUUGAAUACAUUUCCCCUCUGUAUGGACCUGUGUGGGCCUAUUUCAGGAGAAUAGGUCCUUGUUGGCAGACUGCAACUGUUUCAGCUGUGCAGUGGAGAGGUGGGUGUUUGAUGUUUGACACCACUUUGCUUAUUAAACAGGGCCCCCACCUACCCACAUCAGGGAACUAAGGACUGCUGGCUCCACUCAGGUCACCCAUCCACCCAUGACAGAGAUACAAGACUAACUGGUACCUCCCAGUCCUUAAAAACAAAAGCAUUGGGUGCCCAAGGUCCAUCUGCAGAACUCACCCACCUGUGUCCUCUAGGAAACAGGGACACGCUUUCCUCACAGACACUCGGGGGACGGUUGUCAGCCCCUGCCUUGUUCAGAGCAUGACCCCCUGCUACAACCAGAUACUGAUACCUACGCCAAUUGCUCCUGCCCCUCUAAGACUGUAGGACAGAACCUGUAACACACACAUGAUGACCAACUACCUGGACACCUGAGCUGAAUCCAUACAAGAAAAGUGAACGGAUCACUAGGCUCAUAUACCUGGUAACAGCUGUAGCCAUCAGGUGACAAGGCAUUAGAGCUUCAAAGGCAAAAAAAAUAAAGUUAGCUCACUCAAGCAACCUAUUUGGACAUAUCAAAACAAAACAAAGCAAGAAGCUAGGAUAUAGUAAAAAAACAUAAACUAAUACAAUAACUUAUAGAUGGCACGGAGACAACAGUCAAUAUCAAAUCACAUAAAGAAGCAGACCAUGAUCACUUCAACAAGCUCUCAAAACAAAGAAUCCAGGAAUCUUCUGGAUGAAGGUGCCUUCCUGGAAUUACCAGAAGGAGAAGUAAAAAGAUUAAGAUACAGAAGUCUUCAAGGCAUCAGGAAAGAGAUCAGGCAAUACACAGAACAAGCCAAGGAACACACAGAUAAAGCAGUUGAAGAAAUUAAAAAGGUUAUUCAAGAACAUAAUGAAAAAUUUAAUAAACUGCAAGAAUCCACAGAGAGACAGCAAUAAGAAAUUCAGAAGAUUAACAAUAAAGUUACAGAAUUAGACAACUCAAUAGAAAGUCAGAGGAGCAGAAUUGAGCAAGUGGAAGGCAGAACUGGUGAGCUUGAAGAUAAAGCACUUGGCAGCAAUAUAUUUGAAGAAAAUUAGAUAAAAGAAUUUUUUAAAAAAUGAAGAAAUCUUAAGAAUCAUGUGGGACUCUAUCAAAAGAAAUACCCUACGAGUGAUUGAAGUACCAAAACAGGGAGAGAUAACGGGAACUACAGAGAGAAUUGUUGAAGAUUUGUUGACAGAAAAAUCCCCCAAUACCAUGGAAGAUGAGAAGAUAUCUAUCUAAAAUGUUCAUCGAGCUCCACAUAAGGCAGAUUUUAAAAGAAAGUCACCAAGAUAUGUAAUCAAACUUGCCAAAAGCAAAGAUAAAGAGAGGAUUUUAAGAGCAGCUAGGGAUAAACAAAAAGUCACCUACAAAGAAGAGUCAACAAGAAUAAACUUGGACUACUCAGCAGAAACCAUGCAGGCCAGAUGGCAGUGGGAUGAUUUAUAUGAAGCAUUGAAAGAAAAAAAUUGCAAGCCAAGAAUCAUAUAUCCAGCAAAACUGUCUCUCAAAAAUGAAGGUGAAAUUAGGACAUUUCCAGAUAAACAGAAGUUUAAGGAAUUUGUAAAAACCAAACCAAAACUACAAGAAAUACUAAAGGGAGUUCUUUGGUUAGAAAAUCAAUAAUAUCGGGUAUCAGCCCAAGACUAGAUCACUGGGCAGAGCCAUCAGAUAUCAAUCCACACAGGGAAAUCACAAAAACAAAUCAAGAUUUUUAAAAAAACGCUCAAAACAGGGAAACAGCAAUGUCGUUAUGUAAAAGAAGACAACAUUAAAACAAUAAAGAGGGGCUAAGUAAUAUAGUCAUAGAUCUUUCAUAUGGAGAGGAAGACAAAGCGAUAUAAAGAAAUGAAAGUUAGGUUUACACGUAGAAAAACAGGGGUAAAUAUUAAGGCAACCAUAAAGGAGAAAAACUAUCCUACUCAUCAAAAUAAAAUACAAGAAAAAAGCAGAGACUCAGCAGAAACAAAAUCAACAACAACGAAUAAGAGAAAAAGACAAUAUAUAAACUACUCAGCACGAAAAAUUAAGUGGGAAAAAGAAACUGUCAACACACACAAAAAAGACAUCAAAAUACCUACCCAUACUCUGUUCUAUAGGGUCGCUAUGAGUCGGAAUGAACUCGACAGCAGUGGGUUAGUGGGUGGACCCAUAAUUACACUGAAUGUAGAUGGACUAAAUGCACUAAUAAAGAGACAGAGAGUGGCAGAAUGGAUAAAAAAAAGAUCCAUCUAUAUGCUGCCUACAAGAGACACACCUUAGACUUAGAGACACAAACAAACUAAAACUCAAAGGAUGGAAAAAUAUAUACCAAGCAAACAACAAUCAAAAAAGAGCAGGAGAAGCAAUAUUAGUCUGACAAAUUAAAUAUAAAUAAAAUAUAGUCUGACAAAAUAGACUUUAAAGUUAAACCCACCACAAAGGAUAGGGAAGGACACUAUAUAAUGAUUAAAGGGACAAUAUACCAGGAGGAUAUAACCAUAUUAAAUAUUUAUGCACCCAAUGACAGGGCUGCAAGAUACAUAAAACAAACUCUAACAGCACUGAAAAGUGAGAUAGGCAGCUCUACAAUAAUAGUAGGAGACUUCAACGCACCACUUUCAGUGAAGGAUGCGGCAUCCAGAAGGAAGCUCAAUAAAGACACGGCAGAUCUAAAUGUCAAAAUCUACCAACUUGACCUCAUAGACAUAUACAGAACACUCCACCCAACAGCAGCCAAGUAUACUUUCUUUUCUAGUGCACAUGGAACAUUGUCUAGAAUAGACCACAUAUUAGGUCAUAAAGCAAGCCUUAGCAAAAUCCAAAAUAUCGAAAUAUUACAAAGCACCUUCACUGACCCUAAGGCUAUAAAAGUAGAAAUGAAUAACAAAAAAAAAAGCAGGGAAAAGAAAUCAAACACUUGGAAACUGAACAAUAUCCUGCUCAAAAAAGACUGGAUUAUAGAAGACAUUAAGGAUGGAAUAAAGAAAUUCAUAGAAUCCAAUGACAAUGAAAACACUUCCUAUCAGAACCUUUGGGACACAGCGAAAGCAGUACUCAGAGGUCAAUUUACAUCAAUAAAUGCACAUAUACAAAAACAAGAAAGGUCCAAAAUCAAAGAAUUAUCCCUACAACUUGAACAAAUAGAGAGCAACAAAAGAAAUCCUUAGGCACCAGAAGAAAGCAAAUAAUAAAAAAUUAGAGGAGAAUUAAGUGAAACAGAAAACAGAAAAACAAUUGGAAAAAUUAACAAGACCAAAAGCUUGUUCUUUGAAAAAAUUGACAAGCCACUGGCCAAACUGACAAAAGAAAAAUAGGAGAGGAAGCAAAUAACCCGAAUAAGAAAUGAGAUGGCAAUAUUACAACAGACCCAACUGAAAUUAAAAGAAUUAUGUCAGCUUACUAUGAAAAAUUGUACUGUAACAAAUUUGAAAACCUAGAAGAAAUGGAUGAAUUCCUAGAAACACACUACCUAUCUAAACUAACACAAACAGAGGUAGAACAACUAAAUAGACCCAUUACAAAAGAAGAGAUUGGAAAGAUAAUCAAAAAACUCCCAACCAAAAAAAUGCCCUGGCCUGGACGGCUUCACUGCAGAGUUCUACCAAACAUUGAGAAAAGAGUUAACACCAUUACUACUAAAGGUAUUUCAGAGCGUAGAAAAGGAUGGAAUACUCCCAAACUCAUUUUAUGAAGCCAGUAUAUCCCUGACACCAAAACCAGGUACAGACGCCACAAAAAAAGAAAAUUACAGACCUAUAUCCCUCAUGCAGACCCCAAAUUCUUGUAAAAAGACCAAACUUAAUGGUCCGACUGAGACUAGAAAGACCUCAGAGGUCCCCAGACCUUCUGUUAGCCCAAGACAGGAACCAUUCCCAAAGCCAACUCUUCAGACAGGGAUUGCAAAUGAUACUGGUGAAGAAUGAACUUCUUGGAUCAAGUAGACACAUGAGACUAUAUUGGCAUCUCCUGUCUGGAGGGGAGAUGAGAGGGCAGAGGGGGUCAGAAGCUGGCCAAAUGGACAUGAAAAUAGUGGAGGGAAGGAAUGUGCUGUCUAAUUAGGAGAGCAAUUAGGACUAUAUAGCAAGGUGUAUAUAAAUUUUUGUUUGAGAGACUGACCUGAUUUGUUAACUUCCACUUAAAGCGCAACGAAAAAUUUUUUUUAAAGUAUUAAAGAGAAAAAAAAAGAAUGAGAUAAAGACAAUACAAAUAGUCGUUCUAUUAUUUUCUUCCUUUCCUCCAGUAAACCAUCUUUUGCAUUCCCUGGGGUGCCUGCAACCCAUUCGAGAAGCCAUUACCCAAGAUCAUUAUUUUUUACAAGAAGGGUUAUGACUCAACAAUCGGGUAUGACAUCAAAUUAGUAGGUUACAGAUACCAUAUUUUAAAUGAAAUAUUUUAUAAGAGAUAGAAAAUAACACAGUAGUUGCAGGCAAUGAAGGUUAACUACUGUUCACUGGAGCGCUUUUCCUAUUAUUUGUGUCAAUGAGUGUUCGUGUGAUUUGGAUGGGGAGGUGACAUGCUGGGUGGUUGUAAAAUAUUCAUCCAUACUACUCAGCAGUUUGAUGUUUGUGUGAACCAUUCCCAUACUACCUCCAUAAUCUCUAACCUUACCAGCCAUCUUCAAAAUGCUUGGCUGUCACCAGCGUGGCUAACCUUUAUUCAUCUAAAGUGAAACAAUAAUCUGCUCUGUGUUCAAAAACCCUCUAUGGCUCCCUAUUGUCUGCAAGAUGGAGCUCAGACUCCUUGGUCUUGAGCCUGAGACCCUCUAGUAUGGAUCCUAACCAACUUUCUAGCCCAAACCUCUCCCACUACCCUUUGCAGACCCUGAACUUCAUCCAAACUGGCAGAUAUUUCCAUACUUUGCUCUGAAUCCCCAUGACCAGAAUCUAGAGCAACAUGAAUGGUCAUUAUUAUCCCUUCUCCACAUUUUCAAAUCCAUCCUCCCUCCCUUUCGGCUGCCCUCUGCAAUGUUGCCUUUUCUAUGAGCUCCCCAGGGUCUUCUCAUCCCUUGAAAGAACUCCAUGCACUAAAGAAAAUCAUUGUCUUCUCUAACCUACAGCUAAGUCAGCAUGGCCUGAUAAGGAAUUAGGAGAGAGGCCUAGAAGCACACCCUUUGGCUCCCCAAGUCCUCUCCCAGACAUUGCCUCCCACUCCCACACGCACAUCCCAUUUUCAUGCUGAGAUUCCUGAUCCAGCUCUGGGCUACAAGGAAAUCAUAAUCUAUCAAGAAUCAUAGAGAAUAUUGGAAGAGCUCUUGGAGAUCCAAUUCAUCCAGCACCUCCACUGCACUGCUACUGACAAUAACGCUAGCAAACAUGUUUGUACCGGGCUCUGUGCUAAAACCUUUUCAGCCAUUAUCUCGUUUAAUCCACACAACAUCCCUGUGAUACAGAUAGCAUUAUCUUCAUUAUGCUGGUGAUCUGGGGCAUAGAUAGGUUAAGAAACUUGCCUAUUUUUUGUAGCUUAGUGAAGACAGAAUGUAAGCAAUCUGAUCACACAGGCCACCACUAAACCACCACAUGAGAAUUGCUGUUCAAGUAAAUGAAAAGGUGAACUGAGGAAGGUCUAAGUCCACAAUCGGGUCCUGUCUGUCAGUCAAGUUAGUUAACUCACUCCUCCUUCCUUAUUUUUUUUUUUGUGUGCCAGCUUUCCUCUUUGCACCUAUCUCUUUCUCCUCUCUUAGUCCCUCUGUUCCUUCCUUCCCCCUUUUGUAGUAGUCUUUCGUGAACUAGAUUUCAGAAACGAUUUCCCAGAGUUGGAAGGAAUCUUAAAGACGAAUUACUCCAAUGUCUUCAUUUCUGAAGACAAGGAAAUGGAGGUCCAGACAGAGGAAGGGCGUUUUACCAGGUCACCCCACCACCAGAUAGCGGCAGAUAUGAAGUGAGAGCCCACUUCCUUUUCCUUCUCGUCCUUCAGUGUUUCUACUGCCCCAGCUUUGAGGAGCUCUAUAAACAGUUGAUGCUUAUCAGAGUCUGCCCUUUGGCUCUCUUUCCUUGGGUGCUAAGAAGUCAUUUGAUUCCAUGAAGAGCAUUGUCACCUCUUAUUUCCAGAGUAAUGACCAAGAGCAAAGCAUUGUGAUAGUGCUGGUAUAAAACGAUGCAUACAACGAAACAUCCCUUCCUUAUCCAACCCCCAUCCUGUACCACGCACCCUCACAGCACAUGUACUUCUCUGUCCUCACUCUCGCCACAGAGACUUGUGUGAUUUAUUGUCUGUCUUCCAAUAGACUGCAUGCUUCCUAAGAGCAGAGGCCCUUUUAAUUUCCUUUGUUUUUUUCAGCACUUUAUGGUAUUUGGCAGCUAACUGAAAGGUUGGUGGUUCAAACCCACCCAGUGGCUCCACAUGAGAAGGAGCUGGCAAACUGUUUCCAUAAAGGUUCCAGCCACGAAAAAACUAUGGGGCAGUUCUUCUCUGUCACAUCAGGAUGCUACGAGCCAGAAUAAAUUCAAUGGCACCCAACAACAACAACAGUACCUGUCUUAGUUACCUAGUGCUGCUGUAACAAAAAACACCAAAAGUAGGUGGCUUUAAAGAAUAGGAAUUUAUUUUCUCACAGUUCUGGAGGCUAAAGAACAAAUCAGAGUGUUAGCCGUGUCAAUUUCUUCUGGAAUCAUCUCUCCUAGUUUCUGGUAUCUGCCAGAAAUCCUUAGUGUUCCUUUACUUGUAGGCUUCUCCUUAUAUAGCGUGUCUUUCCCCUUUGUGUAUGUGUUUCUGUGUAUAUUCUAUUCUUUUAUAAAACAACACUCAGAAGUGAUUAGGUUUUGGACCCACCCUACUCUGGAAUGACCUUGUUAACAUAACAAAAGAAAAUCCCUAUUUCCAAACAGGAUCACUUUCACAGGUACAGAGUUUAGGACUUCCACAUAUAUUUUUGUGUAUACAAUUCAAUUCAUAACAAUACCCUAUCACACAAAUCAGUGCCUGGCACAUAACAUAUCCUUAAUAAAUAUUUGUCCAAUGAAUGAAUAAAUAAAAACAUAGUCUCUUACCUGUGAGUAGCUCAAAGUCUAAUGAAAGUGGUAUAUACACAAAAUUAUAAUGGUAACAUAAUGUAAUAACAGCUGUAAUGUAGGAAAGUACAAAGCCUUGUGGAACACAGAUAAUGGUUAAUAACCAUAACAGGUACACACUGAGCAUCUCCAUGGGCCAUGUAUUUUUCCAGGCACAGAAUGUAUCCUUGCACAAAAUAGCAAUGAUUAAAUUUCAGCAAGCAUCUACCACUGCCUGCCAUGUCAAUCACCGUACUAGAACCUACAGAUCCAAAAAUAUAUAAGCUAGAGCUCAGGUGGAAAGACACUCACCACUGACUAGGAAAAUGCAAAUAAACACACACACAUACACAUACACGUACAUUUCGGGCAUGCUGUCUCAGUUAGUUUGUGCCAUGUUUAUCUUAUGACUCUCGUAAUAGUUAUUCCCCAGUCUGAGUUAAUCAGGAAAAUGGAAAUUACUCUAGGUCUUUCAACAUAAGGAAUUUAAUGUAGGUACUAUUAAUACUUUGUGGAUGAAAAAGCUGAGGAAAAGCCAGUAAAUCAUUUGCCCUGUGUCACACUGCUAAUAAAUUGCAAGCCCAGGGCUUGAACCGACUCAUUCUGGCUCCAAAGCCCACACCCUUAACCAGUACCACCUAAUGCCUCUGCAUGACAAGGCUUCUUAUUGCUUUCAGUGCAACAAGAGGGGGAAUCUGAGACCACUUCAGAGAGGAGGGAAAUUUAAGCUCAGCCAUGAAGUGAGGCGAACAGAACAGAGAAGAGAAUUACCAAUAGAAAAAACAGGAUUGCAAAGACCCAGGUUGGAAGGACCUGGCUGAGCAGGAAGCCUAGAGGACUGAUGAAUAAGGUGAGCUACAAGGGUAAGGUGGGAUCAGAACAAUGAGGAUCUAAAAUAAGAAAGUUGAGCUUGAUUCUCCAGACAGUGGCGAACUAUUUGAUAUUUUAGCGAGAGUUCAUUUAAUCUCACCUCUCCAUUUCCCCAGUGAGGUAACUGAGGCCUAGAGAGGAGAAGUGACUUGCCCAAGACCACACAGCAAGCUGGUGGCAGAGUUGAGACUGCCUUCAACGUUCUCAAACCCAGUCCAGGAUUCUUUCUACUAUUAAACUUCACCUGCAUAAGCAUUUGGAAAGAAUGCUUCUAUCAGUGUUUUCCCAUGUCUUUUCUCCCACUUUUUUUUUUUUUUUUUUAAGGAUUUGUUCUUUCUCCCAAGUUUCAACUAAUUACUGGCUUCCUAUUAAAAUAACUACUAUGUUUCCAAGCCAGAAUGAUCUUAUAGAAGACACUAAUGAUGCAGUUUCCCUCUGUGGCUCUGUGGAAUGUGGCAGAAAAGCUCACUGGUACAUUUUAUAGACUAGAAGGACCUGUAUUUCUUAUGUCUAAGUCUUAGAGACGCUUAGAGAUAUAAACUAAACAGCUACUUUAGCUGGGUUUGUUUUAACAAACAAAUAUAAUAGAUCAGCAAACAUCUACCGGUACUUGCUGUAUGCCAAGUAGGUACUGUACUACAGCCUAGAGAUCCAGAGAUAUAUAAGCUCCAUUCCCAGUGAAGAGGCACUCAUCAUUUAAUAGAGAAAUGUACAUACACAUACAUGCACACACACUUGUCGCUUGUUGUCUCAGUCAGUUUCUGCCAUGUUAUGGCUCCUCAUAACAGUUUCUCCCCCAGCCAGGUGAUUUAGAGUGGGCCCAACCAGGAAAACAGAAACUACUCUGGGUCUUUCAACAUAAAACAUUUAAUAUGUGAAAUUGGAUACACAGGUGAGAUGGAAGACCUGACAAGCCAAAAGGGGAUGGUGAGGUACCAUGGAGAUUAGUAACAGAAGAGAGCUGCUACUGCCUCUGGGCCUGGAGAGACACAGGAGAAGGUAGUGAGCUCAGAAGCUAGGGCCUUUUGGCAGAAGCUGGAGCCACCAAAGAGAUGAAGUCACUGCUGGAGCUGCCACUGGAGGCAGAGAGAGAAGGGGAGAGACAUUCUGGCUUUUCAUCACUUCUCCUCCAAUCUUCUGUCAUUGUCUCCCAUUAGCCAAACCUGCUUUGAAGCAACAGAAUAAGGGAGCCUGGGCACGCAGGUCCCUAUGAUACUGAGCCAAGCAUGGUGAGCGUGAGCAGAGUAGCAGAGAGGAAACUGGCAGUUGACUGGCACCUGGGUGAUCUCGGGGAAAUCACUUUGCCUCUCAGAGUCUUAGUUUCCUUGUUGGUAAUUUGAGAAGAAUAAGACCUCUCAGGUUUUGUUGUGAAACUUACAUAAAAUAAAGAAUGUGAAAGCACUUUGUAAGCUUCCUAAAGCACGUAUACAAAUGUACCAAAAAAAAAAAACCCGUUGCCAUCGAGUUGAUUCCAACUCAUAGCGACCCUAAAGGACAGAGUAGAACUGCCCCUUAGGGUUUCCAAGGAGCAUCUGGUGGAUUUGAACUGCCGACCUUUUGGUUAGCAGCUGUAGCUUUUAACCACUUCCCCACCGGGGUUUCCAUACACAUGUAAGGGCCUUUUAUUAUUGGUUUUUAUCCAACAUGUUUUGGACUUCUUGUUCUAGAGAAAAACGCAGGGUAGCGUUCAGGUGUCAUUGGGAAUUUUCUAAUGCUUCACUAGUUAUGCACCUAGGUGAAGGGAAGUGUCUUCCAGUUUCACUGUGUGUUCAUUCUGUCUCUCUGGUCCAUCAGGCUUUGAAAAUCUCUGACUGAUUUUGAAUGACUCAGCACCUAACUGAAAGGAUGUCAGCACGUGCUCUGGAUUCUAUUUUGGGCUGUGUCUGUCGUUUUGAAUCAAAAAGUAACAAGAAAAUAGGAUUCUAGAGCUUGCUUUAAGACAGCUUAUUUCACCUUUUCAGUUUAUAGUUAACAGAGAACAAAAGAGGGGAAGGGAUUGCAAGAGGUCAUGUGUCAAAUUCUUGGCAGAGAGGGACAUAGAACCUAGGAGAAAUUUACUCCUUGACCAGUCCUCUUUUCCUUGGACCUUGGGGCUUGAACUCAGUCUCAUGUAACAGUUUGUACUUUCAGUUUUUCCUUGCUCCUUUUUCAUUCAUCUUUAUGACUCCUUCCUUCUCUUUUAGUUUUAUCUCCUUUUUCUAAUAACCGGCAACUCAAUUUUACAAACUCUUUCCUCCACACUUGAGUCCCUGGAGGGUACAAACAGUUAACACCCUUGGCUGCUAACCAAAAUGUCGGAGGUUCAAGUCUACCCAGAGGCACCUCGGGAGAAAGGCCUGGAGACCUACUUCUGAUAAGUCAGCCAUUGAAAACCCUAAGAAGCACAGUUGUACUCUGACAUACACAGAGUAGCCAUGAGUUGGAACCAACUCAGUGGCAACUAGUUUUUAACUGAUUUCCCUCUAUUCUAUGCAAUGGACAAUGAGAGCUUAGCAUUCAACCAUGUGCUGUUUUAAGUUGAGAGGGUGUAGAGAUUUUCCAGAUAAUCCAAUUCCACUUUGAUGUCAGGUAUAAGAAAAUAUCAUCACAAACUCUUUGAAACUGGCUUUUCUGACAACUUCAGAGCUUAUGGUGAAAAUCAUAAGGUAUGGUAUGAACCACCCCUUCCUUUCUAUCAGCAGAAAGUCCAGCCAUGGCCAGAAGUUUUGACUAAGCAUGAGCAUGCUCAAACCUGGCCCAUAAGGGUUGGCAGUAUUUUUAUUAACGACACAAGGUAGUUUGAUCUACUUGGCAAGAGUGGUCCUACCAUGCCUAACUUUUAAGGUGUUUCGGCAGCAAUGCAAAAGUGAAUUACAAACUUAAAAGGAUAUAUUCCUCAUUCGCAAAUGGAAAGAUCAUACUUUGAUUGCCUGUAAGUUCCCUUCUAGCUCUGACAUUCAAGAGCUCAGUACCAUUGCACUAAAGAAGGCAUAUUAUGGUCAAAGAAGAAUUAAGAUAGUAAUAAUCCCCCAAGUGACUCAUGGAAUUCCAAUGUCCCACUGGGAAUUGACAUUUUGGUGUGGAGACUGUGGCAUCUUAAAAUGUCAGAGCUGGAAAGGCAUCAGCCAUCAUCUGCAGAGAGUGCAUUGAGGGGUCUGGGAUCUGAAGCUUAGGGAUAUCCAUUUACUGAUUCCAUCAACAGAUAUUUAUUGUGCUUUUGCCAUGGACCAAGCACUGCACUGGGUCCUGGGGAUAGAGUAGUGACUAAGACAGAUCAGGUACCUGCCUUUACAUAUACUAGUUUUGUUUUUUUAGUAGAGCAAGAUGCAAGGUAUGAAGUAAACUGAUAAAUAAACAAGGUGAUGACGCCUUGUAAUAAUUGCUUGGAAGGCGUUAUGGAUUGAAUUGUGUCCCCCCAAAAUGUGUAUCUACUUGACUAGGCCAUGAUUCCCAGUAGUGUGUGGUUGUCCACCAUUUUAUGAUCUAAUGUGAUUAUCCUAUGUGUUGUAAAUCCUAAUCUCUAUGAUGUUAAUGAGGCAAGAUUAGAAGCAGUUAUGUUAAUGAGGCAGGACUCAAUCUACAGGAUCAGGUUGUAUCUUGAGUCAAGUCUCUAUUGAGAUAUAAAAGAGAGAAUCGAGCAGAGACGAGAAGGAUCUCAUUACCAUCAAGCAAGAAGAGCCAGGAAUGGGGCACAUCUUUUAGACUCAGUGUCCCUGUGCUGAGAAGCUCCUAGACUCAGGGAAGAUUGAUGACAAGGACCUUCCUCUAGAGCCAAUAAAGAGAGAAAGUCUUCCCCUGGAGCUGGUGCCCUGAAUUUAAACUUCUAACCUCCUAGUCUGUGAGAAAAUAAAUUUCUGUUUGUUAAAGCCAUCCACUUGUGGUAUUUCUGUUGUAGCAGCACUAGGAAACUAAGAUAGAAGGAAAUAAAUAAUGUAAUGGACUCAUUCACUUUAUUCAAUGAAUAUUGACCAACGUGGAAGGUGACUGUCUGCAGAAGUAGCGUUUGAGAUCUAAAGCUUGAGAAAAAGCCAAUUGUGGAAAUCAGGUGUGAAAAAUUAUAGGCAGAAGGAAUAGUAUGUCCAAAGGCCCUGAGGCAAGAAACUGUUUAGUAUGUUUAAAGACUGGAAAGGAAGCCCGUUUCGCUGGAAUGUGACAAGAGAAAAGAAAUAUGAGGGGUAGCUGGAAGGGUGGGCUGGGGCCAGAUCAGCCUCAUGGGCCCUAGUAAGGAGCUCAGGCUUUAUUUUAAGAAUGGGAAAUCUUUAAAGGCUCUUAAGCAGAUAAAUGACACGAACUAUUUAUAUUUAUUUAAGAUCCCUCUGACUGCAGUAAGGAGAAUAGAUUGUAGAAGGGACAAUGAGGCUAUUGCAAAAGUCCAGACAAAAGAUGAAAAACUGGUAGCAGUGGAGAUGGAAAGAGAUGGAGGGCUUUGGGAUGUGUUGAAGAGGGACAGCCUAUGAGACUUACCAACUGCUUGGAUAUAUAAACUGAGAACCAGAGGAAUUGAGGAAGACUGUUAGGCUUUUGAGCAACUGGCUGGAUGGAUGUGCCAUUAUUGAUGUGGUAAUAAACAUCAGAGGUGAGAUUAGAAAAAUAGGGAAAUGGGACCCCAGGGUACAUAAGUUGAGGGCACACAAGUAUGUAAAAGUCAUAAGAAUUGAAUUAUUAGCAAAUGUCCUUUAUGCCUUAAAAGAAGGCGAGACUUUGAAUUACUUUAUUGCAGUGGUUCUCAAUGAAAGCAAUUUUGCCAGUGGUUCUUCAUUUGGGAAUAUCUGGAGACGUUUUUGGUUGUUAUGACUUGGGACAGGGUAAUCUAGUGGGUACUGGCACUAGAUGACUACUGCCAUUGAGAGGGUAGAGGCCAGGGAUGCUGCCAGACAUUCUUCAAGUCACAGAACAGCCCCUUAAAACCAGGAAGCGUCCAGCCGAAAAUGUCAAAGUGAUUGAGAAACCCUGCGUUACAGGUUGCUUUUAGGUGUUUAUGCAAAUGAGAGCCCACAGAGGAGGGUCCUGGAAGAUGUCACUGCUGGUGGUGCUUUAGAGAGGAAGGAACCUGGCCAUUCCCCUGUGGCAGAGAAGCUGGCAAGUAUGAGGCUUGCAGAGUGUUCCCGUGGGUGGGGCAGGACCCCAGAAGAGGGGCCUGAGCUCUAUGGGGCCUUGGUGAGAAUAGAACGCUGAAUGGAUCCAAUUAGAAACUGUUGAGCCCAGUGGGAGGCCAGGUGUAUGCACUGCCACAGAGUAAACUCACUAACUGAAGAAGAGGAUUGAUAGGGAUAAGUCUGGGGAGAGUCAUGGGUUUCGGAGGGAGAGAAGGAGCCUGGGGGGCCUGAGGGGCAUGGAGGGAGGGAGCAAGAACCCCGCUACAGACCUGGGCCUCCUGGAGCAAGUUUCCAAGCUAGCACUCAUCUACAGUCUGCGGGUUCUCACCUUGUUAACACAGUAAAAUCACCUGGGGAGAUUUUAAAACUACUAAUAUCUAGGUCCACCCUCGGAGACGAGACAGAGAUUAAAUUAUUCUGGUUUAGGGCCCCAGCAAUGAGUCCCUGGAUGGCUCAAAUGGUUAAGUGCUAGACUACUAGCCAAAAGGUUGGCCGGAGUCACCUUGGAAGAUGGGCCUGGCGAUCUGCUUCAGAAAGGUCACAGCUUUGAAAACUCUCUGGAGUAGAGUCACCGUACACACAUGGGGUCACCAUAAGUCAAAACUGACUCAACGGCAACUAACAACACUGGAAUUACAAAAACUGCCCAGGUAUUCUGGGUUGAGAACCACUUAUCUAAUCCUGUGGUUACACACUCAGUUGCCUGUUGUUGUUGUUAGGUGCCGUCGAGUCAGUUCCAACUCACAGCAACCCUGUAUACAACACAACAAAACCCUGCCCAGUCCUGCGCCAUCCCCAUGAUUGUCGCUAUGCUUCAGCCCAUAGUUGGAGCCACUGUAUCGAUCCAUCUCAUUGUGGUCUUUCUCUUUUUUGCUGACCUAAGGGGCCCGCAAACCAAAACAAAACCCUUUGACUCAUAGCAACCCUAUAGGACAGAGUAGAACUGCCCCACACGGCUUCCAAGGAGCAGCCGAUGGAUUCGAACUGCUGACCUCUUUGUUAGCAGCCAAGCUCUUUAACCACUGCACCACCAGGGCCUCCCUGAGGGUCCAGACCCUGUAAAUGACAGGUAGCCCCACCUGACAUGGGCAGCCUCUGAUCGCCUGUAGCCCACUGUUGCCUGGUAGAAAUCUGGGCUCAGUGUAGCCAGAUCUUCUGUUUUUUGUUUUUAUUUUUUCAAGAGAAGCCUAAAAUCCAGAUUUUGAAAGCUAGCUCCAAAUAUUUUAAAAUCCCAUGCCAAACAAAACAUGUCUUCAGCACGCAUUUGGCCCUUGGGCUGUCAUCUAGCAAUCUCUGAUCCAGUCCAGUGGUUUUCACACUUUUUUUCAGCCACAGGAGGUUUCCUCCAAACACGUUAUUUUGUGGAAUCACUACAGAAUUGGAGAAUAAAUAAACCUAAGCGGAACUUGUAGUCCCUGGCUGCCGCAAACAGUUAACAUACUAGGCUGCUGACCUAAAGGCUGGGAGUUCGAGUACACAUAGGCACCUCAGAAGAAAGGCUUGGCAAUCUACUUCUGAGAAUUCAGCCACUGAAAAUCCUACGGAGCACAGUCCUACUCUGACACACAUGGGGUUGCCAUGAGUCAGAGCCAACUCGACAGCAACUGGUUGGUUGGUUAAACAGAGCUUUGGUGGGGACAGGGCAGAUACACACUCAGCAUUUUUUUCUACCCAGAAGCCAGUUCUUAAGACUGCUCCUAAGGCCCCUCUGGUUCUAAAGAACCUCCAUGGUCCAUUGAACAGAUGAGGAAAGCAAAGCUCUUCAGAACACAGCUCACGAGAAGAACGCACCCCACAGGGCCAUUUGGAAAUGUGUGGGGAUAUUUGAAGUUGUCACAGUGACAGAGGGGCACUAUUGCCAUUUAGUGGCUGGAGGUCAAGAAUCCUAAACUUCCUGCAAUGUCCAGAACACUCCCAUAUAAUACUCAUUCCACCGAAAAUGUCAAUACCUCUCACUGGGAAACACCAGGUGAGAAGUCGGAAAACCAGAGAGGGGACAUCAGCCGGCAGCCUCACAGGAAGUAUACACUAGAACUUCGGCCUCUGUCCCACAGGCUUGGAGGCUUCCAUCUGUACCUGUAAGGAGAGGCCGCUGGCCAGGGCUGGGCUGGCACUGCUCCAAAACACAGGGGCAAAAGGGAUAUUUUAAAAUUGAAGCUAAAUAAUAUCCCGAGAUGGGGUAGACAGUACAUGAAAAGCUAAGUGUUUUUUGUGAGAAGCCGCUCUGGGUAAGGAGAUGGGGGCUGUGGAGUCUCUCCGGCCUGGUGUGGGGGGCCGCUGAUUGGUACCGGGAGGAGCCAGAUGCACCACUAGAAGGAGCAGAGGUGCUGGGAAAUGCUGGAGUCAGGGCAGUUGCAGUUUCCUUGGCCCCUGUUGGUCAUUUAAUCCCUGGGCCGAGAUAUGCCAGGCUCAAAAAUAGGAUGUGGGGGCAGAAGGUAAAAGGAGGGUGUUCCCCAGCACUCCAAGGAAAAUAGAGCCAACGGAGGGAUCAUUCUCCUAUUUUUGUCAUCACAAUGCCACACAUUGUAUAAUUUGACGGCUUACAAAGGCCUUACCACAAAGUCACCGUCUUAAUGACCUCAAAUAACCGAUAGGCAAAAGCAGAAUUGUCCUGAUUUUAUAGGCAAAAAAAACAAGGCUUCAGCGAAGUUGUUUUUGUGGCAUCUUUUUUGUAUUUUCAAGAUCUGAUUUUGUUUUUUUUCUGCUUACUUUGCUCAUCCUCAGGAAGAAGUUCAAGGGAAGGAGUCCUUUCCUCAAGUUGUAGUUUAGGCCAGAGGUCCUUAAGCUUUGCUGGGUAUCAAAAUGACCUGGGGAACUUGAUAAAAAUACAAAGGCCCAGGCCCUUUCCUGCUACAAGGUAGCUGGGUCUCAGCGCUCUCUACGCACAGUCCGGGCGAUUCUGAUACCUACCAACAUCCCAACUGGUCUAACACUGGUCAACAAGACAAGCCCACUUUUCUCUGUGCUCAGGUGUGGUGGCAAUGUCAAAUUACCACAUACAUUUCUAAAUGCCCAUUCCUUCAGGGGAGCCCUGGUGGCAUAGUGGUUAAGAGCUCAGCUGCUAAUUAAAAGGUCAGUAGUUCUAAUCCAUCAGCCACUCCUUGGAAACCCUAUGGGGCAGUUCUACUCUGUCCUAUAGGGUUGCUAUGAGUCGGAAUCAACUUGAUGGCAACAGGUUAUUCUUUCAGGCAAUGAUGGAGAAAAUACAACAUGCAGUGGUGUGCUGGUAAGCAAGCUCUCAGUUAGGGGAGGGGGAAGCCCUGAUUUGGAGUGUUUGCCUAUUUCCAUAAGGGGCCUGAUUGCCUGGUGGUUAAGUGCUCGGCUGCUAACUGAAAGGUGGCCAAGUAGAAAGAUGUCUGCUUUCAUAAAGGUUACACCCGUGGGAACCCUCUGGUGCAGUCUGUCCAAUAGGGUUACUAUGAGUCAGAACCAACUUGAUAGCGAUGGUUGUUUUUUUGGUUUUGGUCUAUUUUCACAGUGUAAAUACUGCUGCCAUGGUGAUUUCAAGCUACCAACGUGAUAUCACCGAAUGUGAAGUUGAGAAGAGAUUUGCAUGAUGGAAUCUUGAGAGAUUUUAUAAACCAGCUCCAGCACACAUUUUUGUGUCCCAUUUUAAACGUUGGGGCUCUUUUCCCUAAAACAUCCAGAGUUGUGACACAGGACAGACUUAGGAGGCAAACAGGGAGUGCAUGUUCUAUAACAGCAUCCUUAUUGGGGGCAAGAAUAUCAACACUGCUUUUGUACCAUGAUCUUUGGAGAGUGAUAGACAUGACAUUGAAUCCCAACUUUGUGACUACUGGCUGUGUGACCUUGGGCAAGUCUCAACCUUUCUGGGUCUCAGAUUUUAGACCUAGAAAGCACCUCGAAGCUCUUCCCACCUGGCUGUCUGGCUGGGGACUCCAGGUCUCAGGGGAGUGCUGUUAGUUUGGUCUGGGAACCGCAGACACUUGGCGUCACUAGAUCACAGCUGCCUCAUUCCCCCAAAGAGCAUGCAAGUCGGUUUCCGCAGCCAGCCUAGAAGCUGAGCUGUGCAAAUCCUGCGUGCUCGGAUCAGAGGGACUUUGUCGCAGUCACUGUCUGUGAAAAAGUUUUGACAAAAGAAGUCCACAGGCUGCUUAAGCAGCCUGGGCUUGCCCCGCAGAAAGUAGCUUUCACCUUUCUGCUGCUGAUGACGGAAACACUUAAAGCUAUGGAUUGUGCCUCUGCAUCUUGUUCCCUUCACACCAGCUCAUGUGUUUUUCAUUUCUCUUGGCGGACGCCAUUUCCCACGUGUUCUUCCAAGCUGUUCCUCUGGGCUCCCCAGGGCUUCCCACGACAAACCUGUGUGCUUUGGUGUUCGAGCAGGCAGGGGGCUGCUGAAAUACACACCGGAUAUGCCUUUGGCUGUGUUUAUCAGCCCCAGCCUAGGUUCCUGUGACUGAAGCAAUGGGCUGAGGCUGCUGUUCAGGUGGCCCCAGCCUGCCUCCACCCCAUCCCUGAGAGCUACCUGCCCAACUGGCCUGAGGAGACACAACCUGCCUCCCAACUCUUCCAUUAAUUCACAUGUGGGUCCCAGGGAAAGCCUUCUCUUUGGCACCUCAGCUUCAUCUUGGAAAAUGACAACAAUAAUAGCACCUUUGUCUCAUGAGGAACACGUCACAUUUUACAAUAGUCCCUUUACCUGUGACUUCCUUUUUAGUUCCCAUUGCAGCCACGAAACGGGGGAUUCCACACAGGUAAACUGCAGAGCCAGAACUAUAGCCCAGGUCCGCUAGCUCCAAGUCCAGGUCUCAGUUUGCCCUACCCGUUAGCUGUCCAUUUCAUUGAAAUGAGGAGGCUGGGUUGUAGCAUGAAGUCCUUGGUUCUGUUUUGCAGUGUACAAUCUGUUUUGUUCCCUUGGGCUGCUUGUCCUCACUCCUCUCCCUCACUCUCUGGAAGUAGCUUUGCCCCCUGAGAGUUCUUGGGUGACUCAGGCUGUACACAGGUCAUGUGUGAGUUUCACAGACAAACCGAAGGAUUAAUUAGAAGGCAUCCAGUCUUUAAACUCCCCCUUUGAAUUCCCGGUUAGAAAAGGCGUCUGAAUUUUCCUGUCUUCUCUGUUUUGUUUUGCUUUGUUUUUUUGCCUUUCUUUGUGCACUUGUGUACUGCCACCAAGUACUACUUUUGGGCGCAAAUGUAUUAUUGGGUGUUGUUUCUUUCCAGUUGUUUCACCAGAAGGGUCAGGUAGAACACAGAGUAUUUGAGGAAUCUAUCAGUUCGACCGAAGUCUAGACUCAAUGUGGACCACAGAGAGAACUUGCUUAUCCCAUUUAUCUUUCAGUUGGGAAAGUAGAGAGUGAGACAUUUAGAAUCCAGAAAAUAUUUCAGGGGAGAUUAUUUCCCAGGAUAUCCUGGAAUACACCCUCACCUUUUCCACCAAUGAAAGUCUUCUCUGGUCUCUCCAGUUGGAAUCAAUUUCUCCUUCCUAAAUGCACCUCAGUGGUCAUCUGCUAUUGAGCACUUCAUCAUUCUCUGUGUCACUGACCUGGCUUUCUUGGUAGAUUGUAAAGACCAUCUCUUAAUCCCACCAACUCAUAUCUAAUACUAAUAACCAAAAAAAAAAAAACCCAA